UUUGCACAUGACCCAAAGUCAGACAGAACUCCAGAGAACAAACUGUUGUGCAUCUGGAGAAUAAAUAUCAAGAAAAAUAGCGAGCCAGGUGCGUGCAAUAGAACGGGGUUGUUAGAUUAGAUGAAUGUGACUUCACUGAUAUGCUACCACGUGAAAGAAAUACUCCAACAAGCAUACAAAGUAGAGAACAACAGGUAGGAAGGCCUUCCUAUGAUAGAUAGCUUGCUCAGAUGCCUCCGCAUUGAAGUGUCAAAUAACCCUCACACCCCCUACUAGAUCUCAUGAGACUCCGUGCACACCUUUCAACUCGAUUGAUCUGGAAUCGAUGCUCUCGAUUUUCACUUCUAAUUGGGAACGCACAGUCCUGUAUUGCAGUCACAGUGUGCGUUCCGGUCUGGGCAAUUUGUUGCAUAGUGCCAUACAUUGGUACCAACCCCGUUCUUCACACAUCUCAUAGAAUGGCCACCGUUCUUUUCACAUCCCAUCACACCCUCACUAGGGCAACCCAAGUUAUUCUUUGCGUUGCACACAGCCCGUGGAGCCAAGGUCAUUGCAGAGGCAGUGCAUGCAAGAAUAAAGACCGAGAAAUACGGUAUCAUCAUCUUGAAAGAGGAGGUUCUUAGAGGUUCUUAGUAAAACCCAGAUUUAUUGUCUUGUUUGAGUAGUUGCAAGGGAAUUGGGGAAGAAAUCAGAGGGGUUCUAUAGGCAUAUUUAUAACACAGAAGUGGCCCUGUAUAUGUUGGUUUGUCUGUUCAUUUUACUGAUUCUCUAAAUGUGUAAAUUGUUGUCCAGAGAGCCCCGCUGGGAGGAAUAGUC